AUGAAGGCGGGGGAAGACAUCGAGAUGGGAGACUGUGUGGGGAGAAGUGCCAAGGGAGCUCCAGAUGCCAUCGAUGGACGAAGGAAGACGGGCGAGUAUGCAUCGAAGAAGAGUGUUGCCGAAGGCAUGAUGGAUAUCGCCCUGCUCACUGCAAAUGCCAAUCAACUGCGCUUCCUUAUCACCUUCAACACCGAAUCCCGAACGUUCUACGUCAGUCUGGGUCUCCUGGUGCUCUCUCUCGUCCUCCAGGUCGCCGUCGGAAUCGCCUUGAUCUUUAAGAGGCAAAUGAAAAUCAAAGGGAGGAAAAAUCAAGCGAGUCACAUGAAUGAUUACAUAGUGGGUGGUAUAUUUUUGGUCACCGUAAUUAAUGUGUUAGCCGCCUCUUUCACCAUCACUGAAAAAGCCAAUUAA